AUGCCGGCUUCAGCGCGGAAGCGACCGCGGCGCGAUGUCGAGGAGAACCGAGCCGAUUGCCCCUUCACCGUCACCCUCGAGACCGACGUCAACAAAAAGUCCAACAAGCGACGAAAGCGAGGGGAUCAGCCGGAGCCUCCUAAGAAGGUCUACCAGCAACUCUCUCCGUUUGCCCCCGUUGGCAAGUUCAAAACUCAUGAGACUCUCGACCUGGGUUACUCGGUUGAGCCCAGCGCUAAGUGGCAGGAGAUGACGCGCUAUAAUAGCUUUGUCCUCAACGGCGCCAAGUAUUUCAGCGAGGGUUUCAUUUACGUAGCCAAUGACGCCAGCAUCGAACGUCAACAGGACCCCACGGGAAAGUCUAACCCGAAGAGAAGAACCGAAGACGAAUGGGUCGCCCGUAUCUUGGAGAUCCGAGCUAGCGAUGAGCAUCACGUCUACGCCAGGGUCUAUUGGAUGUACUGGCCAGAUGAGCUACCCGCGGGCACGACGGACGGACGAAAGUAUGUCCAGGGCAGGCAACCAUAUCAUGGUGCACACGAGUUGAUCGCUUCUAAUCAUAUGGACAUUAUCAAUGUCGUCAGCGUUACCGCAAUGGCGCAUGUCAACCACUGGGUCGAGGAGAAUGACGAUGAAAUUCAGAACGCGCUUUACUGGCGGCAAGCUUUUGAUUUCAGGAAUUUGGAACUCUCGAGCGUUGAGCCAGUCUGCAAGUGUGGCCAGCCCGAACACCCCGACAAGACUCUAGUGGGAUGCUCGAACGAGUCUUGCGGAAAGUGGCUCCACGAUGACUGCCUUCUCCACGAUGCCCUGAUGCGUGCCUACGAACGACUCGGAAAGGAUACGCCAUACAUUCCUUCCGGAGAAGCCGCCAAGAAAGUUGAAGAGGAUAGUGAUGGGACGAAGAACCCACCCCUGAGCCCUACCGAGACGGGUGUAAACGAGACACAGCAAACAAUUGAUGUGAAGGCUGAUGUCCAGGAGAAACCUGACGUCACAGCUCUUCCCGAGGAGAAGGUGGAGUCGAGCCCAACCGCGACGGCAGCCGAGGUAGCAGCGAAGGGGGAUACACCUGGGAAAAAGAAGAGGAACAAGGUGGCCAAUGGCUUCACAGCGCGAGAGAAGGCUGCGAAGCCGUACCUCGGACUCUUCACUGGGUCUCUCAAGAUGGAUUCGAGUCCACCUGAAGUCGAGAUUGUUGAUCUUCGCGAGGACGUGAAGGGUGGUGUCAAGACCUGGACCGAACCCUUGAAGUGCCUCAUCUGCAACACACCCAUCAAUUAG